AUGCCUAUACCUAAGACUGCAGCUUGGGUAAUCAGGAAAAUAAUAGAAACAAGGAAUGAUAUACAUCAGCAACAAGUACAGGGUUCCCUGGGUGACAAAAUGAAGCCACUAGUGGUACAUGGCAAAUUUUCUAUAAAGCAAGCUUACUUAAUGUUGAUGCUACAGUACCAGAAAGUGCAAUGGAGGAACUUAAUUAUGCAGCCAAACAUUCAUCCUAGAUAUAGAUUUAUAACAUGGUUGGCUACACAUGAAAGAUUAGCUACUGUGGAUAGACUUAGCAGGAUGGGAAUACAGGUGCCACAGGAAUGUGAAUUCUGCAAGGCUAUCACAGAAACACAACACCAUCUCUUCUUUGAUUGCCCAGUCACAAAUAGAUUAUGGACAAGACUACUGCUAUGGCUUGACAUAAAGAGAAGUAUAAAAGAUUGGAGAGAAGAACUAAACUGGGCAAGUAAUAUGGCCAGGAAAAAGACAGGGAAGGCAGCAAUUAUCAGCUAUGUGUUUGCAAUGCUAGUAUAUAGUAUCUGGAGCGAAAGGAAUAUGAUAAGGUUUCAGCAAAGCAUAUUCGAGGAGCAAAGAUUGUGCNCUUGA